UAUACUACAGCGCCAAUAUGAUACAAGCCGACGGCCGAGAAUAGCUCGACACUUCUCUGAAAUCCAGAUAAAUGGUCUCGAUGAACCAAACAAAUCCAACACAACCCAUUUGAUCAAUUUCCCGUCUCCAUAAUUGAUCAUUUCAAUUUUCGAUACAGAGAGAAAAAAGAAGUAGGUUUUAUACGCAAAAUUCUGGAGCUGUGGGCCGUGGCCGAGUCUCUAUAGGCAGUGCAAUUGAAAUGGUACGAGUUGCAGUCGUAGUAAACACAGAGAGGCAGUGAGAUUGCAAUAAAAUCAAGGGAAUGGUUAUCGGGUCGGAGCCCGGUGGCGGGAGCUCCGAUUCCUCAGGCGGAUGGAGCAUGGCUCGUGGGUUAGUGGUGAAGACGCUGGUGCUGAUAGGUGGAGCUCUUGUGCUGAAGCGGCUUACAAAGUCCACCACCCGCUGGGACCAUGCCCGCCUUGUUUCUCGUUCUAUUUCCGGCGAGAAGUUCUCCAAAGACCAAGCAGCUAGAGAUCCUGACCAUUACUUCAACAUCAGGAUGGUUACUUGCCCAGCAGCUGAAAUGGUGGAUGGUUCUAAGGUCUUGUAUUUUGAACAAGCUUUCUGGAGGACUCCUCAGAAGCCCUUUCGCCAGAGAUUUUAUAUGGUGAAGCCUUGCUCCAAAGAGUUGAAAUGUGAUGUUGAGCUAAGCUCAUAUGCAAUUAGAGAUGCGGAGGAGUACAAGAAUUUCUGUGAUCGCUCAAAGGACCAGCGCCCGUUGCCUGAAGAAGUUAUCGGGGAUAUUGCAGAGCAUUUGACAACAAUACAUCUGAGACGUUGUGAGCGUGGGAAACGCUGCUUAUAUGAAGGUUCAACUGCGCCUGGCAGUUUCCCUAAUCUAUGGAACGGAGCCGCAUACUGUACUUCGGAACUUUCAAUUCUUAAAAAUAAUGAGAUACAUGCCUGGGAUAGGGGAUAUGAUGGCGAUGGAAAUCAAGUUUGGGGACCAAAGGAAGGUCCAUAUGAAUUCAAGCCUGCACCUGCCUCUAGUACCAAUGACAUGUUUUCUUCUUUAAAUUUUCCUAUUCAGCAGUCUUUGGAGAAAAGAAUAGAGGGUUCAUUUGUAUUGCAAGAAUAAUCAUGUUACAUAUUACCAUCCUAUGUAAAUGUUCAAAUUUAUUUGGUAUCUCAAGUCUAUUUAUUUGUCUUUCCUGUCA